GAUGAUUGAGGAAAGUGGGAACAAGCGGAAGACCAUGGCGGAGAAAAGGCAGCUGUUCAUAGAAAUGCGUGCUCAGAAUUUUGAUGUCAUACGACUAUCAACUUAUAGAACAGCUUGCAAAUUACGAUUUGUACAAAAACGAUGCAACCUCCAUCUUGUUGAUAUCUGGAACAUGAUUGAAGCCUUCCGAGACAAUGGCCUUAAUACACUGGACCAUACCACUGAGAUCAGUGUGUCCCGCCUCGAAACUGUCAUCUCCUCUGUCUACUACCAGCUGAACAAGCGCCUUCCUUCUACUCACCAAAUCAGCGUGGAGCAGUCCAUCAGCCUCCUCCUCAACUUUAUGAUUGCUGCAUAUGACAGUGAGGGCCGAGGCAAGUUGACCGUAUUUUCAGUUAAAACUAUGUUAGCAACCAUGUGUGGUGGAAAAAUGCUGGACAAACUGAGAUAUGUUUUCUCCCAGAUGUCAGAUUCCAAUGGCUUAAUGAUAUUUAGCAAGUUUGACCAGUUUCUGAAGGAAGUUCUGAAGCUCCCAACAGCUGUCUUUGAAGGGCCAUCUUUUGGUUACACAGAGCACUCAGUCCGCACCUGUUUUCCACAGCAGAAAAAGAUAAUGCUAAAUAUGUUUUUAGACACAGUGAUGGCCGAUCCCCCUCCCCAGUGCCUUGUCUGGCUACCUCUCAUGCAUAGGCUCGCCCAUGUUGAGAACGUCUUCCACCCCGUGGAGUGCUCCUACUGCCGCUGCGAGAGCAUGAUGGGCUUCCGGUACCGGUGCCAGCAGUGCCACAACUACCAGCUCUGCCAAAACUGCUUUUGGCGCGGCCAUGCCAGUGGCCCUCACAGCAACCAGCACCAGAUGAAGGAGCACUCGUCCUGGAAAUCCCCUGCAAAGAAGCUGAGCCAUGCAAUUAGUAAAUCUCUGGGGUGCGUACCCACCAGAGAACCCCCGCAUCCUGUUUUUCCUGAGCAACCAGAGAAACCACUUGACCUUGCAAAUAUAGUUCCACCUCGGCCGCUGACUAAUAUGAAUGACACCAUGGUGAGCCACACGUCCUCCGGAGCGCCCACCCCCACCAAGAGGUUACAGUAUAGCCAGGACAUACCCAGUCACUUGGCCGAUGAGCAUGCGCUGAUAGCCUCCUAUGUGGCCCGUCUGCAACACUGUGCACGUGUCCUGGACAGUCCAAGCCGACUGGAUGAGGAACACCGACUUAUAGCUCGCUAUGCUGCCCGGCUGGCUGCAGAAGCAGGAAAUAUGACCCGUCCUCCCACUGACUUGAGCUUUAACUUUGAUGCCAACAAACAACAAAGACAGCUUAUUGCAGAACUGGAAAACAAAAACAGGGAGAUCCUGCAAGAGAUCCAGCGUCUCCGUCUGGAGCACGAGCAGGCUUCCCAGCCCACCCCUGAGAAGGCGCAGCAGAACCCCACAUUGCUGGCAGAGCUGCGGCUGCUGAGGCAGAGGAAAGAUGAGCUGGAGCAGAGAAUGUCGGCACUGCAGGAGAGCAGGCGUGAGCUGAUGGUUCAGCUGGAAGGGCUGAUGAAGCUGCUGAAGGCUCAGGCCACAGGGUCACCACAUACAUCGCCCACUCACGGAGGCGGCCGCCCAAUGCCCAUGCCUGUCCGCUCCACGUCUGCUGGCUCCACCCCCACCCACUGCCCACAGGACCCACUGAGCGGAGUCGGGGGAGACAUGCAGGAGGCCUUUGCACAAGGUACGAGGAGAAACCUCCGCAAUGACCUGCUGGUGGCCGCUGACUCCAUCACCAACACCAUGUCAUCCCUGGUGAAGGAGCUCCACUCAGCAGAGGAAGGUGCAGAGGAAGAAGAAGAGAAGAAGCAGAAUGGGAAAGACAGAGGUUAGCAGAGGAGCUGGGACAGAGAGAGUGCAGGGGUCCACACCACUGCCAGUGCCCCUGGGGUUCCAACACGCAGAGCUGGGACCUGCCGCCGUUCCUGCCCACAGAGUGAAUGUCCAUCAUGCAGGAUCACCCUCAGUGCAUAACGCCGCCCGAGCCCCUUCCCGUGGUGCCUGUCAACCCGCACCCUCUCACGUCCUUUGGGGCCUGCUCACUAGAAAGAAGGGAUGAAAAUAACUGGACAACCACAUCUGUUCGGGAGAAGAGUUCUUUCAAGGAUAGAUGUCUUCGGUUGGGCCAUGAGAUGUCUCUGUCGCUCUUGCCUGCCCUCCCCUCCCCCACACCUUGUGUGUGAGUCAGGCCGUGGUCCUCCGUUACAGAUCUUCCGGGCAAAAGAGCCAGGGCUGCAGCCCCAUAAUCCCAAAAAAGGAACUUUUCCAGGCCUUCCGAGGAGUCCCAUCCUGGAGCAGCCUCCCAGCCUUUUCCCGGUCGCCCGGCCCCCAUCGGCACCAGGCCCGGAGGGGUUCUGUUCUGCUCCCGCUGCGGGGCCGGCUGUCUCUGAGCCCGCACUGACUCAGGGAUGGUUCGAGCACAUGAGCUGCAGAAAUUCUCCCGCUGCCCUGGAAAGCUCAGGGCCUCCGGGGCUUGGGCUGGGCUCUACCUAAUCUCGCUGCACAUUCAGGCAAGGCCCUUCCCAACAGCAGGCCUAGGCUGCCCCAGCCAGGGAGGCUGUCAGGAUCUGACUUGCCCCUCAGGAGCCUGCCAGAGCCCCUCUCCCCCGGGCACAGAGGAACUGGGGGAUAAGGAAAAGGCAUGCUGGAGCCAUCCCUAACCCCCCCUUCAUGCAGAUGAGGAAACGAAAGCCCACGGCCUGGGAGCUUGGUGCCAGAAGUGGAAUCAGAGUGGCGUCUCCUGAUGCUGUCCUCUGGCCCUGUCGGGAGUUCCAAGAAACUCACUGGUAGUAGAGAGUCAGGUGAAAAGCAUAAAAACUCAGGGGGCUCAGUUUCACAGACCCUUACGUUUCUGCCGUCCUCUGGCCUGAGGCUAAGGCCAUCUUCCCUUCCACCCAGUAUUUAUAGGCACCUCUCCAAGCUCGGUGCCCUCCUCAGUCACAAUCCUUUUUCCCAAAAAAAAUACCACAUCCCAAACCUUGCACUGUGAACCCAGUUCUUUCUUCCUGGAAACAUUUCCUGACCCUGUGACCUCAGCAACAACUGGAAAAACUCCAGGUGCCCCAGAAAAGAGACUACCCCUUUCCCUAAAAGGGGGCAUGAGUGUUCUCAGUUCUUUGCAUCUCCCGAGUUGAAAGGUAGGCAUCCCAACAGCCCCAUCCCAGGACACUGUCUCGUCCCCAGCAGAUGUUUAGCAUUGGUUCGCAGGCCCUCGAUAGUGCCCGUGAGUAACAGCGCGUCUGUC